AUGCUGCCUGCUCUUCUCAGGCGGUAGGUUACCGAUGGCUGCGUCGCUGUCGCCGCACCAGUCCUGGUGCUGGCGACGCGGACGGCCGAGGACGAUCGAGUGAACGGCAUCCCGUAGUCGGCCCCAUCGAGCCUCCACGGAUGUGUUUUCAUAUGCGGCUGGCAGGUCUUCUAGUCGCUGAGCCAGGUGAUUGCCGAAAUGCAACUGAUGAGCAAGCGAAGACAAAUAACAGCAUCCAGCUUACCCGGACGUCGCUUCCUCAGCGGCCUACUGCUGGCUUGCAUACGCAGCUUCAUCUUGGAGAUGACGAGACAGUUGUCCGUCUUAGAAUCGGCGCCGCAAAUUGCCUUGAUCACAAUCACGUCCUGUCGACCACGCUGUCGAACGAGAACAAUGUCCAGCAGCUGCCAACGCCGCGACCGAAGCUGGAUCCAGGUAGCCUUCUUCCGCAUCAGCAGAGGGAAGAAUACGAUGGUUAGCAGGAGGCAAUAUGUAACGCCGGUCUGCAAGUGGAGGAGGCUAUUUUCGUCGCAGCCGGCGAUUCAGUGAGGACCAAACACCCCUCUCCAGUCAGCACAGUCUGUCCCUACUUGGACAUUGAAGUCACCAAGGAGAAUAAGCUUAUCCACCUUCGACACAGACGCCAGGAGGAGGUGCAAGUCUUCGUAGAACUUUGUCUUCACCUGGUCUGAGUCGGCCAUUGUUGGGGCGAAGGAACCAACGGUGGUGUGAUACCAGCAGAUGGCGGCUGUGCUAGGAUGGACUGAAUUCGCAGACCGGACAUGUGGUGUGGAGACUUUGGUAAGCUUUGAGAUGAUGGAGAAACUGUUUGCUUCUGGAGAGAAACUACAUCAUCGGUCCUCUUGCCAAGUUUGAUGCCCAACUACGAGAGAGGAGAAGCUGGAGAAGUUGAGGGAGUUUAGCGUGCUGAAAGUGAUGGCUUGGAAAAUCCACCAUCUCUAUAAACUGUUCGGUCAUCUGAGUAAGUUGCACGGGCGAAAGAAUGUCAAAAGUGGGUGUUAAAAUACGCUGUAUGUCCAGUGGAAAAUUGUUCAUGGUCAACGCCUGACCUUAUCGUAGAUAAGAAAGACGGAAAAUUGCAAUUCGCAAGGCGUCACCAAUUGUCGGGGUGGUAUGGUCAACGGCAUAGAAGGCCCCAAAUCAGAAGUCAGAGAAGGCGUAUUGGGUUGGAUAACAUUUAGUGCUGAGGAAGUGCGUACACAAAGGCUGUGCAAGUAAUCGCCGCGAGCGGUAUCUUCAGGCAGGUUGUGAUAAGUGCAGUUGGGGUGCCUAGAGCCCAGCGCGUAUGUACCUCUCGUCCUGCCACAGUGUCCGUCGGCCAAUGAAAGAGAGUGCAGCGUUAACUGGCCUUGAGCACUCGCGAGGCUAGGGAUAAGCCUCGCGCAUCCCAGCAGCGGAUUGACCGGGGAUACAAGGUGGACAGGAAUUGAUCGUGACAAAGCGGCGGGGAGCAAGGAGGCGCAGACUGCCACAACUUCAUGACUACAAAUGAUGUGAAGUAGUGCGGUGCAAUUAAUCCCACCCGGACUCGCAUCAUACCCGCGGCCAUACUGAUGGAUGCCAUGCCUAUAAGGGCUACCGUAAAGAGCCACCCAACAUUAGUAGCGACUACAGAAAUGACCGGAAACCUGUUUAUAAUCAUAUGCACACAGGCCUAAAUCAACACCUCCUAGGCCACUGUCCGCGAUUUCUUGUUGGCUGACAACCAUUCAGUGAAUACAACGGAAAAAGCAGAAAUUCAACUAAUUUUGAACGUUAUGGCCUCUAGGUGUUAGCAUUUUGAGUUAACAUCUAAUACGUUAAUGGUAUGCGUCAAGCAGAUCUGACUGAGAAAUACGAUGUACUCAUGACCGGUGUCGAAGAACCUUGCUUUACAGUGACGGACGGGGCCGAGGGCUUAAAGCGUAAAGCUUUAAAAAUCACACAUCUAUUGAGACCCAGGUCUCCAACGUUAGCCAGACAUUCAGAAUUCGGUUGGAUUUAGUCCGAAAUAAUAUAGAGGCGUCGUUCCCAAUGAAAUAGUGAGAUGUACAGGGCUGCCGACAGGACCAAGUCUUCCGCAUAAGGAAUCCUAUAGACAGAGCACGCAUGACAGGUUAGAAAACCACAGUAAUUUCACUAACGCUGUCCCUGAAGACGAAGCGACAGAAACAGAGCCUGACCACUCAGAUUUUGAGUACAACAGGCUGACUCAGAAUUUAUACCAUGCUAAAACUGGUUGAGCUGUAGUACUGCCACAUCAUUAAAUUAUCAAAAGAGCAAACUGUACGAAACCGAGGAUAUAUGAAUACUAUGGAUAUUAAGGUGUAAUGACAUACAGGGGCGAAGUUGGCGGGAAGUCAAAAAGGAUGACGAAGACGGCUAUUAGUGGUGUUGUGCUUCGAACGAGCCUUUUUCUUCUUCACUUUAAGGACCAGAAGGAGGGUUCAAACAGAGUUGAGAAGACGACUCCAGUGAAUGUAGUACCUACACCAGAAACACAGCACUGAAGUGCUCAAUAAUUCCUUUUGACCGCCGUUAUCCCUAUCCUCAUUGAGACUAUACGCUCCCCGUCCUCAUUUACCCUAUUGCACUAUAUAAAUGUCUUGUGUACUGACCUAACUCCUUCUACUGAGUUUCACACUAGCUUGAGUUUCUGAUUGAAGAAUGAGUGACGCUGACGAUCCAUAAAAUUCAGAGUUGACCUACGGUACUGAGCCUAAGCCAAUCCUUGAAGGAGCAGCAGCCGCAAAGAUCAUUGCAGUAAGGAAGACAGGACAAGUGAGUGGCCCGUCUACUACAAAGGGGUCCCCAAGAACCGCACGUAACAAUCAACAAACGAACUUUAAACAAAAGUUUCCCAUUACUAUGAUCAGUCUGCAAGAAGAGAUCCUCGGACACAUAUGUAAACUUAUCUGUUAAGGACAGAGAGUAGAACUGACAGACAGAUUAUGAAGAUGAGUCAACGUUUUCAAGGUAAUGAAAAAAUGCCGCAGCCACCCACAUAGACUGAAAGUCACACGAAUAACAGUCGGGAUCCAAACAGACCUGAAGGAAAAGAAAAUCUAUUAACAUUUUAAACCCUUAGAGAACUGGAGUUCGCGCACUGCUCUAUAAGGGCUAACUGCAUGCAUAAAACAUAGUUUCCUUGCUUAGGUAGGCCGAUGAUGUUGUUGUGAAGUCGACCACGAAUUUGAAAACGGUGUGUCUGUGGCGUGAAACUGCAGUGUGGACCUCGUGUAUGACGACGGGGCAACAGGACAGCAGGUCUUGUACCCUGCAAAACAACUGGUAAGUCUAUUUCACGUUGGAAAUGGAACGGCAUGUGCUACCCAUGAUGGCAUAUUUGCUGAUGUUGCGAUAUGAUGCCGUUUAGAAAACAUUAGGGAACGAAAUGCGACGGUAAGGCCUCUGCAGGGCAGCCUGUAGUCUCACGUCUUCCAUGGGGGUCGAGUAGACAUUCUAAAGGGAUUUGAAUUCAUUGAUUCUCCAUAUUCGUCCUCCUAAUCCGCAACGUCAGUAAUUGUGUUAUAGCCCAACCCAUUCCGGACUGUAAUGACAAUUAUAUUGUAAGUAAACACAUUGCUGUGUUACAAAUAAACCUAUCUUAAUCCAUGACCGUUACCUCUUCAAAGCUAUUAUGCGCAUGUAUGCUCUCGCGACUUUUCGGUUCCACGCCUGCGUAAGGUGAAUUACGACCUGGCUGCCUUUCAUAAUGUGGGCCGGACCAUCGGGAAAGAACAGUGACUGCAGGCAGUUGAUGCCUGAUAUCUCCUCCCACUCCUAUUGUUCAUUAUGCAAGCUUCCGCCAAUUGCCGUUACCAUUCAGCACUAAAUAAUUCACCGUCUUCCGUCCCCAAUUAUAACACUUUUAGACGUCUAUUACUCGUGCCGCACUUCUUAGCUGAUUUAUAGACACUUAAUGAGAUUAAAUCCUUGCACUUUCGCGGAAUUUGUUCUUGUGCAACCCGAGUUGGUCCAUCGGGAAAAAUGCUACGGAAAUAUGAGUGCUCUAAGUGAGCUAAAACCCUACUAGCCUGGACCAACACUAGUCAGGCCUGCGGCAUCUGAUUACCUGGUUUACUUUGUAUCGAAUUCUUGAGUUUCUUCGCCGUAAUUUACUUUAUGUGUUUAGGGGACGCUAUAUGUCGUCCAAGUACCAUGAACAUCAUCGUGGAACAAUUUUCAAUUGCAUUUUAAGCCAGGAAAGAGCUUAUUUAAUUAAUUCCGGAUAAAGUUCGCUGCGGGAAUGAGUCACAGUUGAAUUUGACUUACAUCCUCGUUGGACCGGAAAUUAUGAUACUGGACCUCGACGUUUUAAUGAGUAUGCAUUUAAGUUCUGUACCGCAGUUAGGUGAAGUCCCUGCACUUUCAUAUACGAUCGCUGCUUUUUUGACGCAUCCAGAUGCAUCGGACGUCCUUCCGCCUUCAGUAGUACUGAACUCUGUUAAAGCGGCUUCGACGGUGUAUUUUACGUUUCCCCAAAGACCCCCAACGGGCCUGCAUUAGUGGCCCCAUGCAAAACAACGUAUACGUUUGUCUGUCACUUAAGCAAAACAUUAUGGAGGGGCUAGGACAGUUGGGAGGUACAGUCAUAGACUGUGUCCAAUUUUGGUCUACACAAUUCAUCUCAUUGAAUGUCCUGAUACCUCUUUUGGGCCCACCCUUGAGUGCCUACGCGACCUCCCAUGUGGUAGUCCUUCGGAAAGAGUACGCACACAGUCGAAGGCUAUCUGCGUAAUUGUGUAGAUGAGGUGGAACAUCUGCUGGAAAACUAGAGGACGACCACAGAUGAACCAAGCGUUCCGCCUAGUUCAGUUAACGAUGCUCCGUCACAUGUCAUGUGGACCACAGGACGUACGCGAAGACAGCAUUCAUACACGAUGACAUCCUCUGAUGCAAAAACAGACUUAUCUGCCUGCUGAUACCCCAUAUAUUGCCGCCUUUGACCACAGGCGUUUGGACACUAUUCACCGCCAUAUGUCGCACCGCUUGUCUCAAAAAGCAAUCUCAACAUCCGAUCAAUGUAAUUUGUAUCCUCCGCAGUCCUCUUUAGCUAAGAAAAGUCACGAAGACUAGAUGAAAGCUGUGUUAGCCAACUUUCAAAACAAGUUACCUCAUUGAGUUCAAAUCCGGCCCCGAAGCGUCGGUAUUUUUACCUCUGUUGCUUAGAAGCCCCCGCCAAACUCACGGAUACCAAACUAUCACUGUUUCUCAUCGGAAGUCAACAUUUUUGUUACCUUGCAUCGGACCUCGUAUAUGAAGGCCGUGAUGUCACAUAGAAACCUAUUUUGAUCAUAUUAGCCAACAACAAUGCCAAUUUAUCUGGCCCGAGAGUUCGCGGUGUCGCGACCCGAUGCCGUCCGUGCUCAACGGUCGCUGACUAGGUCCUCAGCAGCCGUCGCAUAUCUGAGAUUCCAUUCCAAAAAACCAAAGACAGCUGGGCCCACCACCCUAUCAUAGCAUUGACUAAAAUGUCUGUACACAUUGCUCGUUAUGGUGGCCGCACCAACUCUGACAGAGAUUCGGAUAGACAGCCCUCCGGUAAGUCCCUCUUCAAGCCAACGGAGUACGUGACUUAACUACCAAAAAUGGCGGCUAUUAGCUAUACCAUCAGCAGGGGGUUCUCUGACCGGCGAUGGAGUUUCAUGCUUGCGACGCAAUCCCUGACCCGAGGAUGCAGUAUUCUCCGACACCACCAGCUGUCGAGCCGGUCCCUGUUCCUCAAGUCUACAGUACGUAUAGGCUAAAUUUUGCAGUAAUAUGACGGUUCGAUCGUCGCAUCCGACGAUGUCCAUCAUGUGCUCCACAGCAAGACGAAACAGGCACGGUGACUUGCACUCACUUGCCGCAGUCUUUUCCCACCUACCUGAACACAGUGUCAAGACAGAGUCAAGAAGCCCGGAGGCGGUGAAUGGUGCGGGCGAGCCCGUACCUUGAAGUCCUACUUCACAUCCUCUGGUCAGCAAAACUACCGACGAGGCUUUUUACCAACAAAAACAACACCGCGAAGGUUUUGAGAACGAAGAUGACAGGACAGCCAUGCUCAUGACCUGUAUACUUAGCGGGAGUGCAAGAGCAUCUACCGACAGGAAACCAGGUAUCAGAGAACUGCCAGCACAUACCAGACUGCGGGAAGCAUGGUUUGCUGAUCCUGGCAUGGCAUACGCUUCCAGAGUCUUAUGCAGUCGUAUUGCAGGACGAGCAUUACCGUUGUCUCAUACAACAUUUCGUUAUCCUCUGCCAAAUCUGUCUGCGAGGCCACAGGCAAUGAGAGCGUCUACGAGUUUUAUCCAGCGGACUAUUUUCUAACACCAGUUACUCGAUGCCACAGGUAAACAGAAACAAACAAAAAACUUGAUCACUCGAGUUCUUUGUCACCCACGGACAGGACAACACAGCCUGCGGUACACGACUGUCGCACUGCUGUUUGUUUUUUUUUCCGAACGCUCAGUCUUACACCCACUUUGCGGUAUGCGACUUCAAUGUGACCAAGGGCAUAUUAUACCUUCAAGUGGAACAACGUCUGAGACAAAAGGGUCUUACCCUACCUAAUCGUCCCCGUUACCGGGGAAUCCUGUUGACAAUGCUGGAUCUACCGCACAGUUGAGAAGGACGGGUAAGAAGACAUGCCCGCGCCGGAAGCCAGGAUCAACGACGAGACAUCCCCUUGUAUCGACAUGCGCUCGAAUUCAGGUUCGCACGAGCUGAUGUUGCGACACGAGUUUUUAGGGAUACCGUUAGUUCCCAUGACCUUCCAUAAAGGACCUCAGUUGGCCGCGCCGUGGGAUGUGACAAAAUUAAGAAAACAGUUGUCUGUUGAAAAUAAUGCCUUUUGUCCUGGAAUUCAUCAUGCGUGGAGCAUCUGGUUUACAACUCGGCCAGCGCAGAAACCGGUUGGAUUAUUUCUUGCCUGUGGGCACAAAAUGCUCAGAAAGCUAAUAUCUGACUUUUUUCCGUCUACGCUAAUUGAACUGAUGCCACAAUAACUACUGUACUCUGGUGUGUCCCGUUUUAAAGAAGGGAAGUAAAGUAGGACUGCCCCAGCCAUGUGGAACUGUGCUGCCAUACCACAAUGUAUUCCCAAGCCAUUCGAACACAGUCUCAGAUUGACUGCUGUAGGAUUCAAUUAGCAGCUCGUCCUCACCAAAGACUGUUUUUUUGUGCACACCGGAUUUCUGCUCGAAUUUUUUCAGCAGUUGCAGCAGAAGUGUCAUUGAACACGCGCAGAACUAGUGAGUUGAACAAUCCAGUAAGGCAAUCGUUCACUCAGUGAGGCGGUAGGCGGACCUAUCGUUUUGAACGGAGAAUUGUCUAUCUGUGAUUAUCCAGGUGAUUGGUUGGCUCCCACGACGGGAUGCGCUCCAGAUGUGCUGGACCAAUACAGGGAUCAGACUGGUAUCCGGCACCUUUUUGUCGGGCGGCUCAGGGUUCGCUUGAGCCCACUGCACUGCCUUCACACUGCGUCAACCACUGAGCCCAAUACACCAGCCCUUGGUUGGCAGGCUCGAGCAGUCCACUGGUGCAUGAAAGAGAGGGAAGAGGGCGAGGCCGACCGAGCAAUCGCUCCUUACGGCGCAUCAGAACACUCCUCGCUAUAAUGCAUUUGACGCGUUGGGAGUCGUGGCUGCUAACUGACGGGAAAAGUCGGUCCUUCUCAGGAGUGAAAAUCAAGUUUCAGUGCCCUCUCUCCAUAACAUUCACCGAUAUGAGGUCCGAACCACUCGUACAGAAGUCUGGCACAUGAUGUGAGGACCCGGUAGUGUGUAGCACGCAUCAACGGGCUGUUUAACUUUGUCAGUCGCUGCGCUGGCGUCUGCCUUCGACCGUCUUGAUAUUGUCUUGCCACCGCAGAAAGGUGGGUGGAGGAGCGAGCGCGGUACACCUUACGUAAGUCUGUCUCACAAAACCAAUCCACUCAUAAGUCACCGGUGCUGCGCCCACUCCGUCGUCGCUUGCGCAGGUCGAGAUGUCGUAGGGUGUUGGUUAAGAUGCCUAAGGCAGAAUGGUAUUACCGACAAAGUGGCCAUUUCUGGCUUAUUAGACUCGUCAGCCAGUCUGCCUAUAUCAUGCGCCGCUGUGCGGCUGCUGGUUGGGCUCGAGAAAGAGCCCGUAAGGCACAACGGAACGAAUGAGUUCCUCAAGAACGAUCGGUGAGCGUCCCUCUGCCAUUGUAUAUUCCCGAUCGAAACCGAUAGUGCAACGGGCUCGUGGCCCAGCGGUUAGAGGCGUGGACUUCUAACUAACAGGUCGCGAGUUCGAGCCUCGGGUGUUUCACACUUCGGGGGUUGGUAUGACUGGCUGAUGACGGCUAAUAAUCAAGAAAUGGCCAUUUCACUCUUUCCUGUUUUUGUCAGUAAUAACAUUCUGCCUUUAUCCUGCGCCGCUGUGCGGCUGCUGGUUGGGCUCGAGAAAGAGCCCGUAAGGCACAACGGAACGAGCGAGUUCCGUAAGAAUGAUCAGUGAGCGCCCCCUAGCAUUGAGAUACCUUACGUUGCCACAAGUUUAAGCCCACUCCAAUUCUGAGUCCCUGUUAUACCAGUUUCGGUUUAGGUUGAUCCGCACCGACCCUCGUGACUGAGGCCUAGGUUUUCUGAGAUUUUGCGCUCAAUGCAUCAUCCACCAGCUGGAUACUUCCGGAUCAUGUCUGGGUCCUAGGGUUUGCCUCUGAAUUUUCCUAUGUGCAGUAGCAUAGCCCGAGUGAAAACGUUCCUGAGUGGGUAGCUGAAGGUAAUCAAUGCUUAGCAUGCUUUUAGCAAUGCUUUUAUUCCACAAUUCUCUCACAGGACUUUUCAACGCAAUGAAAUGCUUCAUUAUAGUGCCUUCUGUUUCAGGUGAUGAUAAUGUAUUAUUUAUUUUUCUCACUCUCACAGAAUGCCUACCUCAAAAAGGCAUCUAGAACUACCGAGUGAGGACAUGACCCUCAAGACUUCUCAGAGGAAACGACGGCGUUCUUCUCUCAGCGCUGGCCUUGAUGUCUCGAACAUCAUUUCAAGCACCGAAGUGGACAGUGCUUCAGUUUACAGUCUUCGUAGAAGUUGCCGGCUUUCUAGGAAGUCGAUCUUGCCCCAUCUAUCCCAGUUGGUGGGUUUUAGUCAUCUUUUUCUUCUUCUAUAUCAGCAACACUACUCGUCCGCACCGCCAUUUACUAUUUUCCACGUGCUUGUGGUUUAUUAACGCAAACGUUUUAACUCACAGAAGAUUUUCGGCUCUCGACUUCAGAUUGCCUGCGCACGAGACCACCACCGUGGAUUCCCCUUGCUUCUGGGCCCCAAUUUUUUGUCGAUACUAACCUUUCAAGAAACUCACACUUGCUUCUGAGUAGUAUUGAGUGGAGUUCGGAUAGCUAGAUCGGAUGAAUUUUGUUGCUAGGUAGCCAGAAAGCAGCGGUAUCAGAUGCUCACAUUUUUACUACGCUUGGGACUUGUACCUUAUACCUCCCGCGGGACAAUUGCCAAAACUGCAGUGAACUCGCCCUCCAAGUCUACGUUAUUGAGGUAGUUCAAAGGAUUGGCUGCCUCGGGAUCUCGCUCGGUUUUGAAGAUGGCAUACAUUACGAGGACUCCUGGGCGGUGUUAAUUUCAGUCACUUGUAGGCUCUAGGUGGCGUCAGCUUGAAACUGACUGUCCACGCCUGCGCCGCUCUCCUAGACUGAAGGGGCAUCCACCGUAGCCAUUUUUUUAGUUGAAAAGGGGUAGUUCACUUAGCCUGGUGCGAUCAUGUUGAUGGCUGGGAAGUUAGCAGUUACGACCUGCCUACGCGGUCGCAUGCGUCCGUCCGGCCAGUACACACUACUCCCACUUGGCUGUUUACGCGUUAAGGAAUCGGGAGUUCCAAUCUCGACAAUCAGUGAAUACCCCCUAUGUAAGGCUCUGUCGGCCGGAAUUUGUCUGGCAUUAAAACCGACGACGCAGGUGGACCACAAUGUCAUUUCAACCCGUAGGAUAUCACACUUCGUCUCCUACCUAUUCUGGAGGUCAUUGUUUUCCUGUUAGGGGCUUAUUCGGACUGUUGCGUCUUUAAGCACUGCCGGCGUCACAACCUACAGUAGGUGGGCUAACUCAUGAAAUGUCAACCGAAAUUCCGAAAUACGUUUUCUUUUCGAAAAGACUAAUUAAGAAUGGUCGUAAAACUAAUCAUAAUUCUAUAAUAAUUCAGUUACCUCAGGAUGCCGGCUUCCGAACAAACUUCUCUCCGGCUGCAUUCAAAAACGAUGCUCUCCAAAACAUGAAUACUUAAGUAGCAUGAAUUUUUCUCAUUGAUUUUUGAUGACCUUAAAAAUUCAAUUAUAUUUCAUAAGAAGAAUUCAUAAAAAUAUUCUUUUGCGCAUCUGGCAGAUAAUUAAGUCUUUCAAUUUACACUCGAAGAAAUGAUUUUAUUCGGUUUUAAAAACCUUUUUUAAUUGUGCGAUUUUUUAAUACAGUGAAAUGGCCGUCCAUAAAACGUCGUGUCUCUGAAUUUAUCAAAGUGGCUUGUUAAGUUCACAAUAUGGCUCAAAUCCAUUGUUAAAUCCUAUGAACCCCAUAUGGUAUCCUCUUAAUAUCGUAGAGAAAUUUAUGGUUUUCCAUACGCGGAACAUAUACGGCUUGUAGUUUGGAAACCCUGAAUGCAAGUGUAACGGCAGGUUUGGGUCCAAAAUUAUCCCAGAAUUGGAAAAGUUUUUGAAAACCGAACUAUACCUUUUAUUCGAGUAUAAAAUUGGAAGAAGACGUAAUUUUCUACCGAGUGAGUAAGAGAAUGAAUAUAUUUAUGCAUGUUUUUCAUGAAGUAUAAUUGAAUUGAAUUUUAAGGGUUAACAUUUCAUGAGUUAGCCCACCUACUAUAGUUUAGUAGCCUCUUGUGUUUCUUGCUCUUCAUCUUACGAGAUGAUAGCCUGCACUCAAUGCAGCCUGAUGCCGCUGACAAGUAGAAAGAUGUCUAUAUCCCAGGCCACUGCCUGACGAGGAUUGCUGUGGCACUUACCCUUUCCUACCUGCGAGGCUGGCCUCCUCGUAUAGCCUCUCCUAUCUAUUCUGCAUUUCCCUGCCCCCCCCCCCAGACUUCCUCAGAAGAGGACAUGUCCCAGUCUGUUAAUAAGGACGAGGCAUCUUCCCCUGUUGAACCCCCUACGGAAGUCGCGACCUCUACCCCCUGUGCCCCUGCCGCCGACCUCACCGUCCCUCCAUGUGAUCUUUCGGUUGUGCAAGCCGAGUCAGUGCCGGAGUUUUGUGGACCGCAGCCCAGCCCAGUAGCAGCACAGCAGUCCUCGCACUUUAACCUCAAUGCGGUGAGUCCAUAUUUGGCCGUCUAAACGUAUGUAACGCGCUGAGUGAUUCCUUCCCUCAGGCCUAUUCGAAACUGACUGACGGGUUAGCUCGGUCUAACAAAGUUCGUUGUAAUAAUGCUUGAGGUGAUGGUGCAAUAUCUGCGCGCUUCUUAGUGCGACUUAAAAACCAUACAACUUGACCCAUCCUUAUUCUCAUAUAUUUUAAGGAUCAUGGGACAUCGUAGUUACUAUUAUAAAGAAACUUUGUACAUCGUAAGUGGUUUAAAAACCUCAGCAAAAAGUAAGGACGUCCGUUGAUUCAAAAUGUCCAUGAAUUGCGGGGCUUUCUUAAGCGCAAAAAUAUGCCCCUCCUCCAAGUACACACACAUCGAAGAAGCCAUCUCUUUGCACCAAACGAAUACAAAAAGGAGAAAUUUAUGUGUAUUUUUUCGUUGAAAUAUGCCUCGACUGAUUUAAGAAUAUAGAGAAUAAGUGGAAAACAGUGCACACUACUUAGGUAAUGCUUCUUUCCCUAACGUGACUUGAAUGAGUAACUAAGGAGACAUUCAGCAUGCUUGCCAUGUAUUGGAUUGUUUCUGGAUUGCAUUGCGUGUCGCUUAGUGCUGCAACCUUUCCACGUGCAUGUGUGCAUUUAGAAAUUCUCACCCAAUGCCUCACGGCCACGGGCCCAGCCGUCGAAGUCUGGAAGGUUGGCUAUUGCGUUUCUAUGGCCGCAGCAGACUCGCCUCGCGCGUCGAAGGUGAGGCAGUAUUUGAAUGCUCGCGCACAGAGCGGACGGUAUCCGGUAGCCCAAGUGGCUAGGAUCACCCCAUGUGAGCUCUAAAAAGGACUGGCGAGCCGAGUCCGUUCCGGGGUGUAAUGCCUUUCUGGAUGCGUGGAUUUCGUGCUUACAUGAUUUCAUACUGUCUCACAAUUUGUACGCAAGUUUGCCCUGUGUUGGACAUUUCACACACACACACACACACCCGUCUAUCCCAACGGGGGAUAGUGUCCAGUUGUCUGUCGUUCGAUGGUGUAAGCAAAGUAAAAAGCUGGGAGGAACCCCCAACCCUCACGUGCAGACCAGUGAGCUUUCACUCAUGAGUACAUCUAGAUGGAUUGGCCCCGGGGAAAUGUGGAUCUUCUACACUAAAAGUGGUCUUGCCUUAAUUCUCAGGAGGGGAGGGGAAAUAGGUACCCCUGUAAUUUACCUCCAGGCCACCUGUCUUACGGUGAGUCCCAUAUUCCCGUGUCCGAUCUCUAGAUGAUCCGAACCGGAUUGCCUAUUCGCACCCGACGGACAGGCUGGAGUCGAGCAUAACUGUAACGACGACGAUACAAUUUUACGGCCUUUAUGAUCUCCGUAAUUGAUUUUUUGUCACACUAUCGUGACACGACCAGUUACAAUCGUUUUACCAAAAAUCUGGACAUCAUAACCGCCAUGUAUGCGUACGUAACGAAGCUAUAGGGCUCACCGAUGCAACGGCCUCGGGAUAAGUCCCCUUUCAACGCCUUCGUCUUUAAUAGUGGUGAAAAUGCGAUUCCCGGGUGGCAUAUCAAAAGAAGAGGAGGCGUUCACCGGGAGAGGUGUAUUUGAGGUCUGACGUUUCGGGUAGUCGUUUCUUCUACCCAUCUUCAGAGACUGAGCAGUCGUGCACACAGCUUUCCUUUUAUGGCGCACUUUGUUCAAAGCCUGGCCCAUCAAUGCCGCCUGUGUGGCUGCAUCCGACCCGCAUGUCACCGUGACCUGAAUCCCGCCCAUCUUCGUCGGCCGCGGUGAUAAUUGGCGGCCCCGAUUGUCCCGCGCCGUGACUGUCCCCCGUCAAGAAUGUCCGUAAAACCAGAUAAGGGGGAGGUAAAUUGAUGUGGCGGUUGACAGAACAGUCGGUAGACAUCCAGGCUUCUUGCACCUGCCUUGCCGUAUGAUCAUCUCCUCGGCCUUCGUCUUUCUUUUCAUCAUUGUAUUGUCUCUCGUAUUGUAGGCGUAUGGAUCGCAAUAGUCAGCCUCAGGUAUGAUCGUCUCAACAGUGAAAAAACCGAAGCGUCCCUCACGUAGUUCGAAGCCGAAUGCACUGUUAAAUAGUCGAUUGAUCAAGCCUCAUAGUCCUAGGUCCUAAGUAUGCCGGCUGCGUCGAACUGCUUGACCCAGGCUCAAAGCUAAACCAUACAGUCAGACGACCUCGUGGAUGGGAAGGGUGAAAAAUCCCACGGUGUCAUCAACCAGGUCUGAAUGAAACCGGCUCCUAUGCUGAGAUGGACGCAGCUUUCUGGGGGCACAUGUCAGGUGUUUGAUGUUUCGGCUUGAUUCUUUCUCCACUCACCCCAGCAAGCCCCCGAUAUAACUUCCGAACGGGGCUUCUUUGAACAGGUUUAAGGCCUCCCCCCAGAUAUGAAGACUCAACUCUCUCAGAAGUAAUCUACCAAAGUUUGUUGGAAAAGGCGCAUGGGUAUACGUUAUGUGAUCUCUGGCAUAGAGGCACCCACAUGACUCACCAUUCAGAAGGAGUCAUCACUUCCGUUUAACAGGAAAAAAUGGAUUUUUUGCGCCCUGCAUAUCCCAAACGCUUGUUGCUUAUCGCACCCCGCCCCCCCCCUUUUUCCAGAUUCCGGAUUGGCUGAACGUUAAUAAAAACUACGUCCCACCUGCCCUACGCGGUCUAGAGACCAUUUCUGAGGCAGCUGCUCUCAGGGUCGGCCCUGCCCGUCGUCCACCGCCGCCGCCGCCGCCCCGCGGGCGUCGCACAAAGUUGCAGCCUCCAACAACUGCACAACCGGCUGCACCCCUGCGGAUACUCUCAUUUAACGAUCCCGCCAUCCUCUGUGAGGUGCAAGCCGAUCCGGAUGCCCCGCUUUCCAAGUUUCACAUAGCCUCCGCGCGAGCGCGCAUGCGGCGCCAGAAGCUGCGUCUGAAGAAACUUUUGAGCGCCAACGGCGGCCGCUGUCCACCCCGUGUUACUGCCCAGACCGAGGAUCGCUUCGCCGCGUUUUUGGCAGAUUGGGAAAUGGAUGCAUGGCAGUCACCCACUUGA